AUGUCCGCCCCCCAGACGACGCACACGCUCAGCAUCGUCGACCAGUCCCCCGUCUUCCAGUUCUCCCCGUACAUGAGCAACAGCACGGACGAUGGGUGGAAGGUGUUUUAUCAGGACACACCCGACUCGUCCUACGACCUCACGCACACUUUAAACAAUCUGGGUCGCGGACAGAGCCACCACGCGAGCACCUCAUCGGGCGCGAGUGCGACCAUCGAGUUCUACGGGUCUGCGUGCACGCUGUACGGGACGGCGGAUGCGGGAACGUACAAGACGAAGUUGGACGACGGGGACGAGCAGGAUGGGUCCCCCAGUGGCUCCAACACGCUUGUCGCAUACGAAGGCCUUGACUACGGCAAGCAUACCUUGACCCUCACCGUGUCAGGAGGCAAGCCUGUAGAAAUUCAGCACGCGGACGUCGUGCUGGGCCUUGGAGAGAACAACGCCUCCCUCAAUAAAACCAACAUCGACACCGUCGAGGUCUCGCAAGGCGGCUACCACACUGAGAAAAAUCCGUUCUUUUCGACAUCGGGCGCGACGUUCAACACCGAUCACGAUGCGGCGGGUUACCCACGACUCGACACCAGCGGACUGGGCACGAUUUCCUUCACGUUCACGAGCGCAACCAUCAUUCAGUUGUUGGGGACGAUGAACUAUGACCACGGCCAAUACAGUGUGUCGAUCAGCCCUUCGGUGGGCGCAUCAGAUGAGACGCGCACCUUCAAUGCGUCUUCACUAUGGUUUGCCUAUGAUAGCAUCCUGUUCUUCGAGUCAGGUUUGGACAGAGACGAGACAUACCAAAUCACCAUGAAAAACCUGGAUCAGGACUUGUAUAUGGACCUUCAUCAGAUCAUCCUCAUAGAUGCUAUCCCGAAGGACUCUCCAUCAAUAUCGACAGGCGCUAUCGCUGGCAUAGCAGUGGGCGCAGUAAUUGCUGUGCUCCUCGCGAUACUCACGGUGCUCUUAUGGCGGAGGCGAAGGAGUAAACGUAUGAGCGGCAGCUUUGACAUGGAUGCGCCAGGCUACGGCAUGCACCAGAACGGUUUCUCGACUCACAUGCCCAUCCACGCAGUCACCAUCUCCCCCUACGAAGCCAUCCCGACGCCUGCAUCGUCAGAGUUCAAUCCCGCCUCCUUGUACAUGGCCAGCUCUGCGAGCGCUGCGGCUGGCGGCAACUCGUCUACGCACAACGGCAACAUACCACCCUCCAAGUUGUCGUCCUUCCGCGGCAGUGAAGUCAAUACAGAGGCGUCGCGCUCAAGAUCAAACUCGGGCGACCUGCUGAGCGCGCCCACUGCCUCCAGCUCGUCCGGGUCUGACGCCACCAUGGUGAAAGGCCGACGCACGCCAGAGUCGCGCGUAUCUCCGGCCCCGCGGCAGGAGGUAGACGCGGGUCCGCUCGCGCUGCAACCCGCGGAAGAGCCGGAGGUGCUGCCUCCAGGCUAUAACCCCGCCUGGGCAGGCGAACCACGUCCGAUUCCGAAUACACGGUAG